GAGAUCCAGCCUUAAGCUAUUACGGCUUCUAAAGUAGGCUAUUUUCUUUUCUUUUUUUCUUUUUAUGUAGAUGCUAGACUGGUGACUUCUGGAUGAGAUGUUUGCAGUUGCUUUCUUCAGCUUGUCUUUGAUGGCAUGGCACCCCGGGAUAACUGCACAGGAGAAGGCGAACCAGCGAGUCACUCGAGCUGCGACCCCAGCAGCAGUUGCCUGUAAGCUGAGCAACUGGUCAGAAUGGACCGAUUGUUUUCCAUGCCAGGACAAAAAGUACCGAUACCGGAGCCUCUUGCAGCCAAACAAGUUUGGGGGAACCAUCUGCAGUGGUGACAUCUGGGAUGAGGCCAGCUGUUACAGCCCCACACCUUGUCUAAAGCAAGCACAGUGCGGACAGGAUUUCCAGUGUAGAGAGACAGGUCGCUGCCUGAAACGCCACCUGGUAUGUAAUGGAGACAUGGACUGCCUCGAUGGCUCUGAUGAGGACAAUUGUGAGGAUGCCAGGGUCACUGAAGAUGACUGUCAUCAAUAUGAACCAAUCCCAGGAUCAGAAUGGGCCACCUUGGGGUACAAUAUCCUGACUCAAGAAAGAGCCCAGAGUGUGUAUGAUGCCAAGUACUAUGGGGGCCAGUGUGAGACUGUGUACAACGGGGACUGGAGGAAGCUCCAGUACGACCCCGCCUGUGAGCGCCUCUACUACGGGGAGGAUGAGAAAUACUUCCGGAAACCCUACAACUUCCUUAAGUACCACUUCGAAGCCCUGGCAGACACUCUAAUCUCCUCUGAGUUUUAUGAUGAUGCAAAUGAACUUUUUUCUAAAAUAAAAGAUGACAACUCAAAGUCAACUGGCGUAACCUUUGGCAUCGGCCCAGCAAAAACUCCUAUAGUUCUGGCGGGGAGGGUCUCCUGGUCCGAUGACUCUGUAUUCAUGAAGAAGUUGUACAACUAUAACGAGAAGAGAUACCGCUUCCUGAGAGUGUCUACAAAGGUACAGACUGCACAUUUUAAGAUGAGGAGGCGCAAUGUUAUGCUGGAUGAAGGGAUGCUGCAGUCAUUAAUGGAGCUCCCUGAGCAGUUCAACUAUGGCAUGUAUGCCAAGUUCAUCAAUGACUAUGGUACCCACUACAUCACCUCUGGAACCAUGGGUGGCAUUUAUGAAUAUGUUCUGGUGCUUGACAAAGACAAAAUGAAGUUUAGUGGUAUCACCGUGGAAGAUGUUCAAAAAUGCAUUGGAGGGUCAGCGGGCCUGGAGUUUGGGGAUUCUGUCGUCAUCGGAGGACGUUUAUCAGGACAGUCCUGUGAGAAGACGGGAGGCGGCAACUCUGGCAAUAAGGAGACAGAAUUGGAGGUGGUGAACAUCAUUUCUCGGGUGCAAGGUGGAAGUUCUGGCCAGGGUGGUGGCUUGACACAAAACGGCAGCAUUGUUACAUACCGGUCCUGGGGGAGAUCAUUAAAGUAUAGCCCUGUUGUUAUCGAUUUUGAGAUACAGCCCAUCUAUCAGCUGCUACAGCACACAAACCUGGGACCUCUGGAGACCAAACGUCAGAACCUGCGCCGGGCUUUGGACCAGUACCUGAUGGAAUUCAGUGCCUGCCGCUGUGGGCCGUGCUACAACAAUGGAGUGCCCAUACUCCAGGGUACCAGCUGCCAGUGUCAGUGUGGCGUGGGGCGGCAAGGCCCUGCCUGUGAGCAGAUGUCGCUGGAGGGAGCCAAGGCAGAUGGCCGCUGGAGCUGCUGGAGUUCCUGGUCAGAGUGCAGAGCGGGUUCGCAGGAGAGGAGGAGACAGUGCAACAACCCCGCACCCCAGAAUGGUGGAGCCCCAUGCCCAGGGAGGAGCACACAGACCCAGGCCUGCUGAGUGCCUCUAGAUGCAGACUGGGAAGGAAGCUGGAGAUGCUGCUGCCUGUCCUGGCUGCUGUGUGGGACCACUGCUGCUCCAAGUGAAUGCAGACCAACAAAGGCCAUUCUCCGUUCUCUUCAUAAACUCAUUAAUUCUUUUUCUAGUACAAACUUCAUAAUUCUUAGCCUCUACCAAUUACCUGGCUUCAGAGCUGCCUCCCUGUUUCAGGGGCUUGUUACCCCUCACUUCUCAGAACCACCUUUCUAGCAUAUUCCAUUCAGGAUGCUUAACAAUAGUCUGGCUGUGGUGUAGAUACAUCAAAUAUUAUUCCUCACAGUUCUGCAAGUAUAAACUGCAAGAUCAAGGUUCCAGCAGGUCUAGGGGUGGGAAAGGCUGCGUC